GUUUGUUUAUUUUAAAGGCCGCCCUUCUCUUUGUGAACUUCCGUUCACGCGCCCCUGUGCACUUGCGCUCUCGGGGCGUACCUGGGCUCGUGGCAGCCGCGCGCUGAGGGUCUGUCUCUUUAAGUCGGUGUCAAAGCCGAUUACCGCUGAUCUGCGCCGUGAUUCCGUUUGCACCGUCUGUUCCCUGCGUCUACUUCUGUUUCUGCGCCGCUGACGGCUCCACUUAUGUUUUUAAAUUUUAUUAUUAUUUUUUUAUUUUAUUUUUUGAACCGAAAAACGCGCGGCAGGUGACCGGGUCUCGCUGAAGUUUGACAUGGACACAUGGCGGCAGGGCUGCUGAGUGAUGUGCGGACGCUCCAACUUUUCCUGCCGUGCUAAGCCUGGAUUACCUCCCCCUGCAGACGGAGGCAUCAGCCGCUCUCUCCUCGGUAUCCAUCCGCUAAAAAUAACCAGUGCUCGUCGGGUCGGGGGAUGCGAGGUGAUGUGAUGCCUCGGGUUUGAAGUUGGCACCCGAGAGAAAAAAAAAAUAAGCUGAUCCAGACUGAAAGUAACAAGAUUCACGACACGAGUCUGAUGAAGAUCCCUCUGCUUUUUCUUUUUUUAUUUUUCAUGGAGCAAUAUUAAAGUCUGAUAAAGCGUCCGAGAAGAUCAAAGCUCUCUGCUACAACUGAAACCCCGUCUCCUUUCGCGUCCACUGUCCUCACAGAGACUCUGGUGGAGUCAUCACUUCUUCAGUCCCUCCAACUUUUCGUACCAUGCUAAGCCUGGAUUACCUCCCCCUGCACACGGAGACAUCAGCCGCUUUCUCCUCGGUAUCCAUCCGCUAAAAAUAACCAGUGCGCGUCGGGUCGGGGGACGCGGGGUGAUGUGAUGCCUCGGGUUUGAAGUUGGCACCUGAGACACAUAAAGAGCGGAAAAUGCAGAAGAGCGUGCGGUACAACGAGGGCCACGCGCUGUAUCUGUCGGUGGUCGCGCGCAAAGAGGGCACCAAGCGCGGCUUCCUGAGCAAGAAGAGCCCGGAGAACAGCCGCUGGACCGAGAAGUACUUCGCGCUCUACCAGAACGUGCUCUUCUACUUUGAGAACGAGCAGAGCGCGAGGCCCUCGGGGAUAUACCUGCUGGAGGGGUGCACGUGCGAGCGCGCGCCGGCGCCCAAAGUGUCCGCGAUCAGCAAAGAUCCCCCGGAGAAACAACAGCACUACUUCCUGAUCGUCUUCGGCCACGAUGGACAGAAACCUCUGGAGCUGCGGACGGAGGAGGAGUCGGACUGCACCGAGUGGGUGGAGUUCAUCCAGCAGGCCAGCUACUCUGACAUCAUCAUCGAGCGUGAGAUCCUGAUGCAGAAGUACAUCCACCUGGUGCAGAUCAUGGAGACGGAGAAGAUCGCAGCCAAUCAGCUCCGCACUCAGCUGGAGGACCAGGACACGGAGAUCGAGAGGCUCAAAGCUGAGAUUGUCGUGUUGAACAAAACCAAGGAACGGAUGCAGCCGUACCAGAACAACCAAGAAGAGGAGGACCCGGACAUUAAAAAGAUCAAAAUGGUGCAGAGCUUCAUGCGUGGCUGGCUGUGUCGGAGGAAGUGGAAGAUCAUUGUCCAGGACUACAUCUGCUCCCCCCACGCUGAGAGCAUGAGGAAGAGGAACCAGAUCGUGUUCAACAUGGUGGAGGCUGAGACGGAGUACGUCCACCAGCUCUCCAUCCUGGUCAACUGCUUCCUGAGGCCGCUGCGCAUGGCCGCCAGCUCCAAGAAGCCUCCCAUCAGCCACGACGACGUCAGCAGCAUCUUCCUCAACAGUGAGACCAUCAUGUUCUUGCAUGAGAUCUUCCACCAAGGUCUGAACGCUCGUAUCGCUAACUGGCCCACUCUCGUUCUGGCCGACCUCUUUGACAUCCUGCUGCCCAUGCUGAACAUCUACCAGGAGUUUGUGCGUAACCACCAGUACAGCCUGCAGGUCUUGGCCAACUGUAAACAGAACAGAGACUUUGACAAACUCCUGAAACAGUACGAGUCCAACGCCGCCUGCGAGGGCCGCAUGUUGGAGACGUUCCUCACGUAUCCCAUGUUCCAGAUUCCUCGAUACAUCAUUACCCUCCACGAGCUACUGGCUCAUACUCCUCAUGAACACAUCGAGCGCAAGAGUCUGGAGUUUGCCAAGUCCAAACUGGAGGAGCUGUCGAAGAUGAUGCACGACGAAGUGAGCGACACCGAGAACAUCAGGAAGAACCUGGCCAUCGAGAGGAUGAUCGUGGAGGGCUGUGACAUCCUGCUGGACACCAGUCAGACCUUCGUCAGACAAGGUUCUCUGAUCCAGCUGCCGUCCAGCUGUGAACGGGGCAUGCUCAGUAAGGUCCGCCUGGGCUCCCUGUCCCUGAGGAAGGAAGGAGAGAGACAGUGCUUCCUGUUCACCAAACACUUCCUCAUCUGCACCAGGACGUCUGGAGGGAAGCUGCACCUGCUCAAGCAAGGAGGAGCGUUGUCUCUGAUCGAGUGCACCCUGAUUGAGGAGCUGGACGCCAACGAUGAGGACUAUAACGCUGCAGGUCAAGGCUUCAACCAUCUGCAGUUUAAGGUGGUGGUGGAGCCUCCUGACGGUCAGAGCUUCUCCGUCGUCCUCUUGGCUCCGUCCCGCCAGGAAAAGGCCGCCUGGACCAGCGACAUCAGCCAGUGCAUCGAUAAUAUCCGAUGUAACGGCCUCAUGACCAGCGUGUUUGAGGAGAACUCCAAAGUCUCUGUGCCGCACAUGAUCAAGUCUGAUGCCCGGCUGCACAAAGACGACGUCGACAUUUGCUUCAGCAAGACGCUCAACUCCUGUAAAGUUCCUCAGAUCCGAUACGCCAGCGUCGAGCGCCUCCUGGAGCGUCUCACGGACCUGCGCUUCCUCUCCAUCGACUUCCUCAACACCUUCCUCCACACGUACAGGAUCUUCACCACGGCCGCCGUCGUCAUCGACAAGCUGGCCGACAUCUACAGGAAGCCCUUCACCUCCAUACCGGUCAGGAUCGAGCAGCAUUCAUGUGACCGUCUGUCCAUCAUGUCCCUCUGUCCUGACUACAGUCUGAAGAUCACACAGCUGGCUCUGGACCAGUCCAAGUCUCUGGAGCUCUUCUUCGCCACCAACCAGUCCUCGUGGGGAACCGACCCCCUGAACAACAAAUCCCCUCGGCUGUGCCGCAAGUUUUCCUCCCCUCCUCCCCUCACCAUCCCCUCUCGCACCUCCUCUCCCGUCCACUGCCGCAAGCUCUCGCUCAGCUCCCCGGUCAGUGCUAAAGCCGGCGCCUUGGACCUGUCCACCACCCCGUCCUCCUCCGCAGCCAACUCCCCCACCUCCUCUCACUGCCCCUCCAUCUCCUCUCCGCCACCCGGCGCAACCAGGCCUCCCUCCGGAUUCUCCUCCCCUCCGCCCACCGCCACGCGCUCUCCCAGCCUCCCCCAGACCUCCGGGAUGUCCUCGCCGCCCCCCAUCUGCACCAAGGCCCCGUUGGACCUCAGCCGUGGUCCCAGCUCCCCGGAGCUGAGUCCAGCUGCAGCAGAGGACGUCAGCGGAGAGCUGCCUCGCAUCGACGCCUUCUGUGGGAAGCUGAGACGCAGCAUCCGCAGGGCUGUCCUGGAGUCAGUAUCUCUGGACAAGUUCAUUCCCGAGUCGCCGUCCAGCAGCGAGCCGGGCGACAUGUCUCCGUGCCGCUCGCCUUCCACGCCGAGGCAUCUCCGCUACCGACAGUCCGGAGUCACACCAGGGGAGAACUCCCGCUGCACGAUGUCUCCAGCUUCAGCAUUCGCCAUCGCCACCGCCGCCGCUGGACACAGCAGCUCCCAGGGUUUUAGUAAUUCUGAGAAAACCUGUGACAAAGAGUUCAUCAUCCGCCGAGCUGCCACCAACAGAGUCCUCAACGUGCUGCGACACUGGGUUUCUAAACACUCCCAGGACUUUGACAUGAACAGUGAGCUGAAGAUGGGCGUGGUCGGACUCCUGGACGAAGUUCUACGAGAUCCAGAUCUGCUUCCUCAGGAGAGGAAAGCUACAACCAACAUACUAAGUGCUCUUUCUCAGGAUGAACAGGACGAUGCUCAGCUGAGGAUCGAGGACGUCCUACAGAUGAAAAGCUGUCCCCUCCUCCACUUCAUCGCGGUGGAGAAUCCGAAGGCCGAGUGCUUCGAGUCGCUCUCGGCCAUGGAGCUGGCGGAGCAGAUCACACUCCUGGAUCACAUCGUGUUCAGGAGCAUCCCCUACGAGGAGUUCCUGGGUCAGGGCUGGAUGAAGGUGGACAAGUCUGAGAGGACUCCGUACAUCAUGAAGACCAGUCAGCACUUCAACGAUAUGAGUAACCUGGUGGCGUCUCAGAUCAUGACCCACACCGACGUGGGCUCCAGGGCCAGCUCCAUAGAGAAGUGGUUGGCUGUGGCCGACAUCUGCCGCUGCCUCAACAACUACAACGGAGUUCUGGAAAUCACCUCGGCUCUGAACCGCAGCGCCAUCUUCAGGCUGAAGAAGACCUGGGCCAAAGUCUGCAAACAGACCAAGGCUCUGAUGGACCGGCUGCAGAAGAUCGUGUCGUCAGAGGGAAGGUUCAAGAAUCUCAGAGAGACUCUGAAGAACUGUAACCCUCCGUGCGUCCCGUACCUGGGCAUGUACCUCACCGACCUGGCCUUCAUCGAGGAGGGAAGACCCAACUUCACUGAGGAAGGGCUGGUCAACUUCUCCAAGAUGAGGAUGAUUUCUCACAUCAUCAGGGAGAUUCGUCAGUUCCAGCAAGCCCCGUACAGGAUAGAGCACCAGCCCAAGGUGACUCAGUUCCUGCUGGAUAAGACGUUAGUGAUGGACGAGGACACACUGUAUGAGCUCUCACUGAAGAUCGAACCCCGAGUCCCGCCGGGCUAAUUCCCACAGAGCUGACUGUUGACGCAGGGUCGUGAACAGUUUCACGUUUUGUGGUGAACUCAGGAGAAAAAUGUGCCUUGUAUGAACAUGUGAAGUAUAUAUAUAUAUAUAUAUAUUGUGUUGAAGAGACUCUUUGCCAUACGAUCCAAGUGUUGGCUACGAAACACGGCACGAGAAAGUCACCAGUUGCUGCUAUGAACAAUCUGCCUCGGUAGUUUUACACAAGAACACGGUCAGAUGAGUUUUACAUUCAUUUCUUCAUGAGCGUUGUUUAGGUAGUUAGCUGUCCCUUGUUCUUGGCCUCAGAUUUUCUGUGUGGCAGCUGAUUAAGAAUCUACACCGGACGUAUGAAGAGAUGUCGACAUCACAUGAAAGUCGAUGUCCCUCAUGCCUCCACAUUAGCUGAUCGACAUUAGCUUUAGCUUUUGUUGCUAAAGUUCUUCCCAACUUAUAGCCUGAAUCUGAGGGCCAACAUCUGAGAACCUAAGAUUGGCUUAUUUCCAAAGACUUAACCCUCUAGCGAGCUACACUGCUGUUAGCAUUUAUGCCCGCAUGCUGGUGGGUCGGCAUCAUUCUGGAAUUGCUAAUGGACCCAAAUGCAGACACAAGACACACUUUUAAUGAAAACUCAGCCAGUGCCUGACUUGGCACCGGUUAUUUGUUUUUCCCCCAAUUAAGCACCAAACCAGUUCCAAACUGGUGCAAGGCAAGCACCAACUUCAAGCUGGGCUAAACAGGGGCCAGAGGUGGGCGCCAUUUUUAAAACUACAACCAGCAGGCCGCAUCGAAAAGACAAGAAAGAAUUAUGUCUUUUAACAAACUCACGUGAUCGUGUUUUACGCUAACGUAAUGAUGUGGCUGCGACUCUGUCAGAACAAAUCAAGAAUCAAGAAUCAAGAAUCUUUAUUGUCCUUAUGCAAGGCACAACGAAAUUCUGUUCAGCAGCUCUUGGUAUAAAUGUACAGACCUGAGAUAUAUAAAUAAUAUAAAUAUAGAAUAGGAACAAACCGGUUCUUUGGGGGCACCAGGCUGGAAUCAGUUAAACACCCAACUACCACCAGGUUCCUCUGGGUGGAAAAGGGACAAAUGAGAAACAAUCACUCAUUUUCUGCAACUGCUUGUCCUCUGGAUGGUUAUGGGGAGUGGGCUGGAGGCUAGCCCGAGAUAGGGCUAACACAGAGAGACAGACCAACCAUUGAUACUCACACCUAGAACCAAUUUAGAAUCACCACUGAAACAAACAAGCAUGUCUUUGGAAGGUGGGAGGAAGCCGGAUUACCUGGAAAGAACCCACCAAAAGUGCUAACCACCACAGCCACUGUGCCGCCCCCGAGGAGAAACAAUUGGAGGGAAACCAGAGAUGGGAAGUGAAGCAGGACCAGAAACACCAAGUAAAAAGUUUACACAAUAAAAAACAGGAAACAAAAGAAGAACCAAACAUAGUCACAGAAAACACUCAAAAGUCCAAACCGUGACCUCGAGUUUCACGUUGGAGGUGGAGCUAAUGCUAAUGCUAAUGCUAACCUGGAAGCCAUAGGAACUUCUCUGGUCUGGAGUCUCUGUUUAGAACUGAUUUUUAAAAUUUUAAAUGGCGCAAACAAAAUAGAGAUUGCGGCGCAACAACUUGUUUUAACUCGACUGAUCUACACUCCAGUCCUGUAGGGGGCGGUAAGUAUUUAGUCAUUAAUAGAAAUUUGUUGCACCAGUUUCUGGUCAAGCAAGUUUCUGAUGGUUUUUACCCACAGAGUUUCCUAUUUUAACCUCAAACUUCCCUCCAGUCCCUAAGAACUGAAGAAGAUGAAACAUUUUUUCAAACGUUCUCCGGAUAUAAACCAUGACCUCGAUCAGUGAGAACCUUCCAAGACACACUCAAACAAAAAGAGGAGGAGGAAGAAGAAGACAUGUAACCAGAGCAUUUUCCUCUCCUACACAUAUUUUAAUUCUUAAAGUUGUUAUGGAGUCUCUCCUGUAAAGAUCUGUUGGGCCAAUCAGAUCAUUUGUGGGCGGGGCUUAAUAUCAUGAUGGACAGGAGAGUAACAGUCAUAAAUUGAACCACUUCCAAGGAAUCUGAACAAAAUUAUCUAAACAUUUAUUGACAAAGAGGUUGUGCAGCUAUUGAGCAUCAGAUCUACUGGAAAUAGAACAGAAGAAGAAGACGUCUCCAUCGUCUUCAUCUUUGGUUCAUCUUUGUUUUUCUUCCUCCUGGAAACUCCUCAACCUGAUGUUUUAACCCCACAUGGAGCAGACAUCAGAGGAAAUGGAUUUAUUCCAGGUUACCUCCAGAACCUCUUCACCUCCUCCACCAGGAGGUUUUAUUCUCAUUAGUAGAGGAGUCCAUGUAACCAGCUGCCACUCAGUAAACCUCACCGUACCUUCAUCCACUCUCCGAACUCUCCGGAUGUUUCUUGGCGUCACUUGUUUGACCAAAAUCUUCCGUUCCGUUUUCACGUUGCAGCUAAAAUCCUCGUAGCUUAAAAACUUAGUUUCCUUCUUGACAAUCAAACCUUUGCAGUUCUUUUUUUUAUUAUUUUGUACAAAUGUUUCUGAUGUUUUUUUUUUAUUUAUUUAUUUUAUUUUAUGCGAAUUAGUCUGGAAGUUGCCCCAGAAUCGGGGACGGAUUAGCUCCUGUCAGUCUGUUCAUAUCACUGUCGAUCCAUAAAGAGUGUCGUUCAUAGCAUGACGCUAGCAUUAGCAUCUGUCCUCUAGAUGAUCCUGGUAGGCCACCAUUACUGAGGGUUUUUUUUAGGUUGAUUUAGUCUUUUAUGCGUUAAUAUUUAACAUGUCCCCCGUCCUUCCUACUCUGCUGUAUGCGUCUGAAUUCCUCUUUUUUCCAUGAACUUCUCUGUGAACUGUACAGAUAUUUACACGACUCCAGGACUGGAAAUAAAAGCAGAAAGAUUUUAACUGGA